CGACUUGCGCGCCCAACCUUGCGAACGACACCCCUACUGCCGUUCACCCGCUUCGACCAUUAUCGACCAUCAUGUCUGACUUCGCCAGCUUCGUCAAGGAUUCGCGAGAAAAGAAGAAGAAUGAGAAUCUCGCGCAGCAAUUCUUAGGUUCUCGCGGCCGCCCAGGAACACCAGCAUCUGGCUCCGGCGCAAAGCCACGACAGAACUCAGAAAAGCCAACCUUGCUGAGUCGCAUAAGCGGCGGUGCCGGUGUUCAGAAGGGUCGCUCAUCAUCAGCAAAGCCCUCCGGGAACAUUGACGGAAAAUGGCAACAUGACCUGCAUAAGGUCAACAAUCCCAAUGGACCGCCUGCCCGAGCUGCAAAGCUCGGCCGCACAGCUUCUGCCUCACAAAUCGACCGCAACAGCCGGACAUACGAUAAGUUCGCUUCUGUUCUGAACAGCAACGCGAAUGGGCGCAGCGACAGUGCGCCUGGGUUCAGUAUUAGAGGGGUCGCGAGUACUGGCCCGUUCACAGUCAUUGCAAGCAACUUCGCACCUGGGACGACGGCUUCAGAUAUCGAAGCUGUUAUGGCGCCCCACGGAGGAGAGACAGCUGGCUGCAGGAUGCUUACUUCGUCUCCUACUGUUAUGGUGGAACUCACAUUUGCGACAAGAGAGGGAGCUGAGAAUGUCAUUGCGACUUUCAACAACCAAAAGGCUGACGGGAGGACACUCUACGUAUAUCUGAAGGAGACAACAACGAGCAACGCCCUUGCCCACUCUCGUCCACCGCCCGCCCGCGCUACUCAAGCUCUCGAUGACAUGGAGGAAGACGGUACCCGCGGUGGAAGCUUCCAGGAUGGGAGAUACGGCUUCAGCGAAGGCGGUCGCCGUGACCCACCACGAGGACCCCGCAGACGCUACUAGAUGCGCAAUAAGCUACACUUCAUAUUUAUGUACUAUACCCUGUUACGGACGGCGAAGUUCGAGGACCCUUUUGGAACACCCAGAGAUACGAGCAACACGCGGCAAUACAUGACGAUCUUCGAUUGCACAAGCAAGGAGUAUGGUUGGAAAGAAUGUGAGCAUAUUUUGACUCUUUAGACCGUCAUGGAAUGAACCAUUUA